AUGGAGGCCGAUUGGGAUGAGCUGUCGCGCAUACCGCUGCCACCAUCCAGUCCGCAUAGCAUGCCUUCAGUUGCUACUGCGGUGGCUUUUGACGAUAUGCAGGAGCUUUUGUGGACAGGAAAUGAAUAUGGGCGCAUCUCUUCUUUCCACGGACCAGACCUCCAACGGUACACAUCGGUACGAGCUCAUCCAGUCUCGGAGGGCGCGGUGCGACAAAUUCUUUUCCAUCCGCGGGGCGUGAUCUCAAUCUCUUCAAAAAGCGUGCAUAUGAUUACGCGACGCGGUCUGACCCAGUGGCACCUUGGACACGAGGAAAUGGUCGAUCUUCACUGCAUGAGCUUUACUGCACAGACUAAUCGAAUCAUCGUGGCUGGCUGUCAGCGCGUAAUGUUCACAGUGGACAUUGACAAGGGUACAAUCGUCGAAAAGUUGCCCACCGAGUCCAAUUACACCAUUAUGAAGAAGAGUCGAUAUCUCUGCGCAGCUACAGAUACGGGCUCUGUCAAUGCCCUAAGUCUUACGGACUUCAGUGUUGUCAAAUCGUGGAAGGCUCACGGCACUGCCGUUAAUGACAUGGAUGCGCGGAACGACUUGCUCGUUACCUGCGGCUUUUCGGUCCGCCACCACACCGCACCCGUUGUUGACCCGCUCGCCAACGUGUAUGACCUCAAGACAUUAACACCCCUACCUCCUAUUCCUUUCCAUGCCGGGGCAGCAUACAUUCGUAUGCACCCAAAACUCCACACAACAAGCUUUGUGGCUUCACAGUCUGGUCAGGUGCAAGUGAUAGAUCUUAUGAACCCCAACGCAUUCAAUUUGCGACAGGCCAAUCUUUCCCUGAUGCUUGGUCUUGAGGUUUCACCUUCAGGCGAAGCACUUGCCGUCAAUGAUGCCGAAUGCUCUAUCCAUCUGUGGGGCUCGCCAUCCAAGAUUCAUUUCAACGAGAUGAGUAAGGAGACUGAGUUUGCAGAUGUCCUCACACGACCUACACAGGUGGACUGGUCUCCUGAAACUCCUCUGAGCAUGGUUGGAAUGCCUUACUACCACGAGCGUCUCUACUCGGCUUGGCCUAGCCAUUUGAUUUAUGAAGUUGGCAGCCCCCCUGCCCCACUAGAUCACUCUGUAAUUCCAUAUCUGCGUCCAGCAGAGAUGGGCCAUCAUGCCCCGAACCCGAGAAAGACCCGUCGAAACCAGGUGGAAAACACACGCGCGCUGUCUAGCGUAGAGCCGGCCUUGAUGGCACCCAAGUUUUUGAGUGAGAAAGCCCGAGACCAUGGCAAAUCGAAAUCUGUGGGCUCCAUAACCGAUGUCACCGAGGGGCUGGCGGGUGCCAACAUUAGUGGCGAGAAUGAGGACGACCCUCUUCUGAAAUACAGUAAUGUAGAGAUCAAGUACAGUCGAUUUGGCGUAGAUGACUUUGACUUCCGAUUCUACAACAAGACUCAAUUUUCCGGCCUUGAAACUCACAUCGCCAAUUCCUUUACCAACUCCCUUCUUCAGCUUCUCAAAUUCAUCCCCCUCUUUCGAAACCUCGCCCUUCAGCAUGCCGCUGGCUCCUGCAUAUUCGAACAAUGUUUAUUGUGCGAAUUAGGCUAUCUAUUUGACAUGCUGGAGAAAGCCAACGGUCAAAAUUGUCAGGCAACCAACUUGCUGAAAACGUUCAGCAGUUUCCGAGAAGCCUCCAACUUGGGGAUUUUGGAGGAAAAUCUGUCUAACAAAUCUCUCUCAACUUCUAUCCAAGCCGUGACACGCUUCUUUUUGACACAAGUGGAGCAAAAUUACCGCAUGAUUCAACCGAACACUGAAGAGCUGGAACAACGCAUUGCAAUCAUUGCCUCUGAAUCAAUUCGAUGCAUGUUCUGUCAAAAUGAAACUGUACGCCCAGGUAACUCGCUUGCCAGUGAGCUGCUCUAUCCCAAUGUUGACAUGAAACACAUCCGACGUAAUUCAAUAUGCCGUUUUUCUAAUAUCCUACGUGCGAGUAUCGAGCGGGAAACACAGAAUCGUGGGUGGUGCAACUACUGCCGUCGUUAUCAGCAAGUCAUGAUGCGGAAGACAGUACACCGGAUGCCUCUUGUUCUCCUGCUUAAUGCAGCUUCCAGUAAUCCCAUCUGUCGUCGUUUGUGGUCUAUUCCUGGCUGGCUACCCGAUGCCGUUGGUGUCGUCCUCGAUAAUGGUCAGGUCUUGUGUUUCGACGGCGAGGAACUUCAAGCUCGGAUAAAGAACAACACGCCUGGUCUUGUGGUGUACGAUUUGGUCGGUCUCGUGUCAGAGAUCGACAUUCCUGAGCACCAGAAGCCGCACUUGGUUUCGUUCAUUAACACGUCCAUCUCAGAUCGUGAGCAGCAGGAACAAAGCAAAUGGCAUCUCUUCAAUGACUUCUUGGUCGCGGAGGUUGAGAAAGAUGAGGCCCUUCGCUUCACUCAAACCUGGAAGCAGCCAUGUGUGCUGGCUUUCCAGGUGAGAGAUGCUCGCAAUUGUGUUGACGAUUCAUGGAAAAGCAAUCUCGAUACUACUCUCUUGUUCCGCGAGUGGUCUUUGAAUGGAGGACAUCAUGUCGAAUCCUGCAAUCCUCUCAACGAUGAGGAGAAACCACAGGCUGGUACACCCGUGGCAUUGGACACAGAGUUUGUUGAUCUUGAGAAGGCGGAGAUAGAUGUCAAAGCCGACGGAUCCCAGGAAAUAGUGAGACCCAAUAAGAGCGGACUUGCCCGAGUUUCGGUGCUGCGUGGCUCGGGCUUGAAUGAAGGUGUACCGUUUAUUGACGACUACAUCACCAUCCGGGAACCAAUUGUGGACUAUGUUACGCAAUAUUCAGGCAUCAAGCCUGGUGAUUUGGACCCGCGGACAAGCGAGCACAACCUGGUUCCAUUGAAAGUUGCCUACAAGAAGCUUUGGUUGCUUCUCAACCUGGGCUGCAUCUUCGUGGGUCAUGGCCUGGCUUCUGAUUUCCGAAAGAUCAACAUUCAAGUCCCCAAAUCUCAAACUGUGGACACGCAGUAUCUUUUCUUUCAUCCAAGCAAAAAUCGCCGUCUCAGCCUUCGCUACCUUGCCUGGGCUGUCUUCAAGGAAUACAUUCAGGAAGAGCCAACCCUGGACACGGUCCAAGGCCACGACUCCAUUGAAGAUGCACGAAUGGCACUGCGCCUUUGGAAAAAGUUCCAAGAAUAUGAAGACGCAGGCAUUGUAGCACAGAUGCUUGAGGAAAUCUUCCGUGAGGGAUCCAAACUGGGUUUCAAACCACCGCCCAAGAAUGGUGUAGCCGCCGUCCUGUCACGACCCGGCACUGCUGUUACGAUUCAGAAUAGUGGUAGCAAUGUACCUGGCACUCCCGAUGCUAAUGGAGCAUCAACAUCUAUUCCCGCUAAUAACGUCCCCAUGAGCGCACCCUCUACCCCCCGCCAGGCUUUUCGACGAUCCAUCGCUCUAACUCCAAGCAAUGGUAGUUUCGCCGGACCAGGUGCUGGCGACUUUUUUGGUGAAAGUCCAUUGCGAUAA